CGUCCCUGCCGCACAGCCGGAUCCCGCCCGGGGCGGUGCGCGCGGACUCUUGGGCGGUGGCGGAGACACCGGGGCGCGCAGACACCGGGGCGGCCGCGGCGGUGGAGACACACGGCGGCGGGGCAGAGCUGAGGAGCCCGCGUGUCUGGCCAGCCCGGCCCUGCUGCAAGGGGAGAUGACCGGAGCGCAGUGACCGCCGCUGGCAGUGGAGCGAGCAGGCAGACCCCGCGGGGCCCAUGGAGCUGCAGGCCGCGGGGGCCUUCCCCCAGCCCCGUCUGCCAGGCCGCGAGAGGCCAGGGGCCUAGGCCCGCAGAUGCCCCCCGGGCCGGGCGGUCUCCCGAGCAGACGGCCGGCCGGGGGCGCCGGGGCGGGAGCAUGCCGGCCAAAGGGCGCUACUUCCUCAACGAGGGCGAGGAGGGCCUGGGCCGCGACGCCCUGUACGAGAAGUACCGCCUCACCAGCCAGCACGGCCCGCUGCUGCUCACGCUGCUCCUGGUGGCUGUGGUGGCCUGCGUGGCCCUCAUCGCCAUCGCCUUCAGCGUCGGGGAGCCCUCCCAGCAGCCGGCCGUCCUGGGGACGGCGUUCCUGACGCUGGCCGUGUUCGUCGCGCUCUACGUGCUGGUGUACAUCGAGUGCCUCGGCCGGCGGGGGCUCUGGGCCUCGGCACUGCUCACCUGGGCCUGCCUCGUGGCGCUGGGCUACGUGCUGGUGUUCGACUCGUGCAGGAAGGCGGCCUGCGCCUGGGAGCAGGUGCCCUUCUUCCUGUUCGUGAUCUUCGUGGCGUACACGCUGCUGCCCUUCAGCAUGCGGGGGGCCGUGGCCGUGGGGGUCGUGUCCAGCGUCUCCCACCUCCUGGUGCUGGGCGUUCUGACGGAGGCCUUCUCGUCCCCCAGCGUCCGGGUGGGGCUGCAGCUGCUAGCCAACGCCAUCGUCUUCCUGUGCGGGAACCUCUCGGGCGCCUUCCACAAGCACCAGAUGCAGGACGCCGCCCGCGACCUCUUCACCUACACGGCCAAGUGCAUCCAGAUCCGGCGGAAGCUGCGCAUCGAGAAGCGCCAGCAGGAGAACCUGCUGCUGUCCGUGCUCCCCGCCCACAUCUCCAUGGGCAUGAAGCUGACCAUCAUCGAGCGCCUCAAGGAGUGCGGGGACCGCCGCCACAUGCCCGACAACAACUUCCACAGCCUCUACGUCAAGCGGCACCAGAACGUCAGCAUCCUCUAUGCCGACAUCGUGGGCUUCACGCGGCUGGCCAGCGACUGCUCCCCCAAAGAGCUGGUGGUGAUGCUGAACGAGCUCUUCGGCAAGUUUGACCAGAUCGCCAAGGCCAACGAGUGCAUGCGCAUUAAGAUCCUAGGCGACUGCUACUACUGCGUGUCGGGCCUGCCCGUGUCGCUGCCCACCCACGCCCGCAACUGCGUGAAGAUGGGGCUGGACAUGUGCGAGGCCAUCAAGCAGGUGCGGGAGGCCACGGGCGUGGACAUCAGCAUGCGCGUGGGCGUCCACUCGGGGAACGUGCUGUGUGGCGUCAUCGGGCUGCGCAAGUGGCAGUAUGACGUGUGGUCCCACGACGUGUCCCUCGCCAACCGGAUGGAGGCGGCUGGAGUCCCGGGCCGGGUGCACAUCACGGAGGCGACGCUGAGCCACCUGGACAAGGCGUACGAGGUGGAGGACGGGCACGGGCAGCAGCGGGACCCCUACCUGAAGGAGAUGAACAUCCGCACCUACCUGGUCAUCGACCCCCGGAGCCAGCAGCCACCCGCACCCAGCCAGCACCUCCCCAAACCCAAGGGGGACGCCACCCUGAAGAUGCGGGCGUCGCUGCGCAUGACCCGCUACCUCGAGUCCUGGGGGGCCGCGCGGCCCUUCGCCCACCUCAACCACCGCGAGAGCGUCAGCAGCAGCGAGACCCCCGUCCCCAACAGCCGGAAGCUCAAGGCCAUGCCCCUGCGGCGCCACCGGGCCCCCGACAGAGGUGCAUCCCCCAAGGGGCGGUCGGAGGACGACUCGGAUGACGACGAGAUGCUGUCAGCCAUCGAGGGGCUCAGCUCCACGCGGCCCUGCUGCACGAAGUCUGAUGACUUCCACACCUUUGGGUCCAUCUUCCUGGAGAAGGGCUUCGAGCGAGAGUACCGCCUGGCGCCCAUCCCCCGGGUCCGCCACUACUUCGCCUGCGCCAGCCUCAUCUUCCUCUGCAUCCUGCUGGUGCACGUCCUGCUGAUGCCCAGGACGGCGGCCCUGGGGGUGUCCUUCGGGCUGGUGGCCUGCGUGCUGGGGCUGGUGCUAGGCCUGUGCUUUGCCGACCAGUUCUUGAGGUGCUGCCCCGCCUGGGGGGUGCUCCGGGCCGUCUCUGAGAAGGUGGAGACCCACCCGCUGCUGCGCGUGUCCCUGGCCGUCCUGACCAUCGGCAGCCUGCUCACCGUGGCCAUCGUUAACCUGCCGUUGCUGCCUCCCCUGGCCCCGGGGCUGCCAGUGGGGAACCAGACGAGGGCCCUGGGCAGCGGGGAUGGGACCCCGUGCGAGCUCCUCCCGUAUUACACCUGCAGCUGCGUGCUGGCCUUCGUCGCCUGCUCCGUCUUCCUGCGCAUGAGCCUGGAGCUGAAGGUGCUGCUGCUGACGGUGGCCUUGGUGGCCUACCUGGUGCUCUUCCACGUCUCCCGGUGCGCCCAGCGGGGCUGCUGCGGCCUCGGCCUGGGCACCCUCGGCGAGACCAACGCCACCCUCAGCAGCCCCCCGGCCUGUGCGUGCAGGGACCUGAAGACCACGAUCAGCUUCUACCUGGUCCUCUUCUACGUGACCCUCGUCAUGCUCUCCAGACAGAUCGACUACUACUGCCGCCUGGACUGCCUGUGGAAGAAGAAGUUCAAGAAGGAGCGCGAGGAGUUCGAGACCAUGGAGAGCGUGAACCGCCUCCUCCUGGAGAACGUGCUGCCGGCCCACGUGGCGGCCCACUUCGUGGGCGACAAGCUGGACGAGGACUGGUACCAUCAGUCCUACGACUGUGUCUGCGUCAUGUUCGCCUCCGUGCCGGAGUUCAAGGUGUUCUACACGGAGUGCGACGUCAACAAGGAGGGGCUGGAGUGCUUGCGCCUGCUCAACGAGAUCAUCGCCGACUUCGACGAGCUGCUGCUGAAGCCCAAGUUCAGCAGUGUGGAGAAGAUCAAGACCAUCGGCAGCACCUACAUGGCGGCCGCCGGGCUCAGCGGGCCCUCUGGGCAGGAGAACCAGGACCUGGAGCGGCAGCGCGCACACAUCGGCAUCAUGGUGGAGUUCAGCAUCGCCCUGAUGAGCAAGCUGGACGGCAUCAACCGGCACUCCUUCAACUCCUUUCGCCUGCGCGUCGGCAUCAACCACGGGCCUGUGAUCGCCGGCGUGAUCGGGGCGCGGAAGCCCCAGUACGACAUCUGGGGCAACACGGUCAACGUGGCCAGCAGGAUGGAGAGCACCGGCGAGCUCGGGAAGAUCCAGGUGACGGAGGAGACGUGCACCAUCCUCCAGGGGCUCGGCUACUCCUGCGAAUGCCGAGGGCUCAUCAACGUCAAAGGCAAAGGGGAGCUGAGGACGUACUUCGUCUGCACGGACACCGCCAAGUUCCAGGGGCCCGGCCUGAACUGAGGGCCCGGGGGGCCAGGCACGAUUGAGCCCGACGUCCUUCCCCAAAGCAAGCUGAUGGGGGGCUCAGCCCCACGCCGGUCACGGCCGUCCACGGCCCUGGCCACCACUACCUCCUGGCAGGUGGCCGCGUGUGGCUCCCUGCACUUGCACGAGAGGACUUCUCAGACGCGUGUGCCUGCCCCCAGCUCGAGGGGACCACGGAGCCUCCUGACGCACAGCCAGCCGGACCCUCAGAGCUGCAGGUGUCGGAAACGCGGCCUCCGGCACGGCGGGACAACGCUCCCUCAAGCGUUCCACGUCCUCCUCCAGACCCUGC